AUGCCAACAAUGUUAUUGCCGUCAUCGGCAGCCGCCUUUGCGCCGCGGUCCUCCCCCAACGUCGUGUUAAAUACCAAGGUCGCGCCAUGGUUGACGGCCACCUUGAAACGAGUUAAUCGGGUCAAACGUCCUCUGAACAAUGUCACCCAACACACCCGGUGUCUGACAGAGACCCUGUCGUCUCAGAACGCCAUUUGGACCUUGUGUUCGAUGAUGUUCACCAAGGCCCCCGAAGCGGAGCUACGGAAGGAUGAGAACCCACUUGUCGAAGGUCUUUUCAACUACCAGAUGAUCCACAUGGAAGCCUACGUUGUACACGUCGACAUGGUCUCCCGAAACGAAGUCGCAUUCAAACUAACCCCGGAGACGAUUGAAGCCCUGGUGGAUUAUCAUCAAGACGUCUACUCGGUGGAUGCGGCCGCCAACACGUGGGAUUGGUCGGGAAAGCAGAGCCAGCUGAAGAAGUUACAGGAGGAGUUCGUGCAAGCCGCUAACAAGUUCGUCUACCGUACCGAUGCUGAAGCCCUGGAAGGAUUGGAGGAGGAUGGCGCCGGAGAUCUGAUGUGUGGACGGGGCGAGGAUGCUAAGCAGGCCAUCUCGAAUCUCUUCGUGCCCCUGCUACCACCUCCACCACGGGUGGUGGAUGUGAUGCGCGCCGUGCCUCUCCUCCCCAGCUCGACUGGCCCGGAAGCCUGGUGGUGCCACAACCCCAUCCCGCCAUCCGCGCAACUCGACUCGUGGAAAGUACUGCCGCCCAGUCCAACCCCGGCCAGCGCGGAUGAUUCUAAUCCGAAUCUUUGGGCCAGUCUCAGUUUCAGUGAUGCUCAACUACCAUCACCGACCCCGUCCUACUGCCAGCCGUACACCACCGCCCCGUACCUCCCGUAUGACAACAUGGUAACGACCUCGGCACUCCUUGCGCCCCUCCCACUCCCGAGUACGCUCGUGCAACCUUGCGGUUCGGUAGCCAGCAUUACAGGCUUCGGCUGGGGAGAUUUCGCUCCGAUGCCCUACGGCACGACGAUCUACUAA